AGAGUCUUGUAGUAUCCCAUCAGCCUAAAUUCUUCUGAUAAAGCUUCAAGAUAAAGAAAGGUGUAUGGAUCGAAUAUGCCACCAUCAAUCAAAAACAUCACAUCGAAGUGUAGCAUUUGGAAACAAGCGGGUAAAAAAUGUUUUAUACACAUCAUCCAAAAUGGAUUCAAGGAGGCCACAAAUCAUGUGCAAAUAGGCCGAUCUAACUAUUUCUUGAGUGCCUGGGCAAGAAUGUUACUUAUAAACCAAGUACACAAUUUUGAUUUUGUUUAUAUACUCAUUGAUAUCAUCAUUAUCUACUGACCAUGUAAACACAACACCAGGCAAAACUUUCCAUAUCUACAAAUGCAACAUGCAACAACAGAUCAACGUCCAUAAAGCAAAAGACCAAUAGCAGUCAACAUAAAUCCACCUACUAUCAGACCAUACACUUGCUAUAUGUAGUGAGGACACAGAUAAGUCAUUCUAGAAGAACUACAUAAAACUAAAAACGGAAAAUUAGAGAGAAAAUGAGAUUAUUAUUACUGUUGGCAAUCGCUGUGACUCUUGUAACUGGAAUUCGCAGACCAAGAACCGCUUCAUCAUCGGAUUCAGAUACGACAGAUGAAAGGGUACAGAUCCUCUGGGAUACAUACAAGAAAUACGAAGACAAGGGUACCUUUAAAACUGGAGAUCUACCCAACAAAAGUUCAUGUGGACCGUCUGAUAUUAAUCUUCACAUUCAUGCCGAAGAUGACCAUCACAACGAUGACGAACACGAUCAUAUCGCGGAACAUGAUCACCAGGAGGCACACGUACAUCUGCAUGUGAAGGUGGAACCCUCGAAGAUGAUGCAAAAAAUGAUGAUAAAGCACAGAUAUGAAAUGGACGAAGACCAAGCAGCCUAUGGUGUCUGUUUCAUGAUCCCUAAUGCAGUUGGUACACGAGCUGGUCAAGUCAUAGGAAUGAUAAUGCUAAAACAACAGAGGAACAAAGAUACCGAGAUGAGGGUGAUGCUAAGGGGCCUUGAUACCGAGAACGCUGCCGACAAUGCUGAUCACAUGCGCAAGUUGUUCCUGCAUGAGGCUGGCAUAGUAGCUCUAGGUGCUUGCGAGAAUGUGGGAAAGGUAGUGAAACUGUCCAACAGGGGUCACCACCAUUACCAUCACCAUGACAGUCAUGAGGAUAUGGAAACAGAUAUGAAAGAUGGAAAUGUAGGCAGUUUUACGUGUGAUGCAAUGGGUAACGUUAACACCAACUUGACAGCAGGCGCUCUGGCGUUGUUUGGCGAUUCUUCAGCAUUUGGAAGAACCAUUGUGAUACAAGAACAUGAUGGAAGUAUACCAGCCUGCUGUGUGGUAUUUAGAACAACAAGUGACUAUUGGACUGGCAAGAAACAAUUCCCAAGGAGGCAGGCACAACCAACAUUUUAAUAUACUUCAGUCU